AUACGUUUUAUUAUAGAGUGGAUUAAAUUGGUGUGUUCAAUUCUAUGAUUCUAUUCCAUUAAGGAUCUUUUAUUGACUUUGAUAAAAAAGUUCAUGUUUCGUGAUCGUUGAACAAAAAAGAUCAUACUCCUAACAUCUAUCUAUCCUAUAUAUCCAUUAUUUGAAUAACUGAUUUCCUCUCAAAUACGAACAAUACGAAUUACCAAUAAAACAUAGGUGUACACAUCAGUCACCAUAUUGAAAAUUAACAUUUUUCAUACAAUAUGGUUGCUUCAGAAUUUCUCGGUUAUAUUCAAUCAUUUUCUGUAUGUAACUUUGUUGGAUUUGAAGAUUUAGCUGAUCGAGCAAAUUUUCAAUGGAAUGUUAUUGUACUACUACUAUGCAUGGUUUUAGUAACAAUGAGACAAUAUUUUAUGACUCCAUUAGUGUGUUAUUUACCGACAACAGUGAGUGGAGUCAAUGCAGAUUCUUAUAUUACUAAUCUGUGUUGGAUUGAAGGGACAUUUCCUAUUAAUUUAACAUCUGGGAUUGUACCACACAAACUACAGGAAUGGGAUGCACUUCGACCGCAACAAAUGAACUAUUAUCAAUGGGUACCAUUAGUAUUAGGUUUACAAGCUAUUCUAUAUUAUAUUCCACGUAUUAUAUGGAGUAUAUUCACAUAUAAUCGUACUGGUACAGAUUUACAAAAUUUAAUACGUCAAGCUAAUUUAAUUACUAAAGAAGAUGGUGAAAAACGUCAAAAAAUGGUACAACAUAUUGCUAAAACAUUAGAAUUAUUAUUAUUUAAUCGUCGUGAAUAUCGUACAAUGGAUACAUUGAAUAAUUCAUUUCGUCGUUCAUUAUCAUUUAUGCCUGGUAAACGUCAUGGCAACAAUUUAAUUUAUGUUUAUUUAACUAUUAAAAUCUUAUAUUCAAUUAUUGGAUUUUUUCAAUUAUAUUUAAUGUAUUUUUUUUUACGUUUUAAUUCAUAUGAAGGUUAUUGGUUAUUUGGUUAUCGUUUAUUAACUGAUAUAAUAAAUGGUAAACAAUGGACAGAAACACAAAUUUUUCCUAGAGUCGGUAUGUGUCGGCAUACAUUACAACAUGUUGGUGCUAGUAAUACAUUAUUUGCACAAUGUGUAUUACCAAUUAAUAUGUUAAAUGAAAAAAUUUAUAUUUUUUUAUUUUUUUUUCUUGGUUCCAUUAUGUUACUAACUAUAUUGAGUAUACCAUUAUGGUUAUAUCGUAUGGGUUUAAAACAACGUCAAAGACAUUUUAUUAAAAGAUUUUUAAAAAUUGCUGAUGUUUAUGAUCGUAAUGAUCCUAAAAUGGCAUUACUUACCGAUCGUUUUAUGAAUGAAUUUUUAAGAAAAGAUGGACAUUUUAUAUUACGUAUGUUAUCAAUGAAUGCUGGUGAUUUAAUUACAGUAGAAAUUGUAUGUAAUUUAUUUGCGGAUUAUAAAAAACGGUUUAUCGGUAUUGAUUUUCGUGGUCCACCACCACCACCUAUUGUACCGAAAUUACAUAAUAAUAAAUAUCAUGAUUUUGAUGGUUAUAUUACUACAGCAACAACAACACCAGCACAACAUCAUUCAAAUGAUAUAAUAAAAUUAAAUAAUCUUGAUAAAAAUCCAUCUGGUUUUAUAAGAUUAGAAGAAGGUGGUACAGCGAAUUUACGUCAACGACCAGCAAUUCCAUCUGCACCAAUUUAUUCAGAGAAUUCAAUUCCACCAGCAUAUCAAUAUGCAACUGGUAUAAAAGAUUCAGAAAUUUAUCCAUUAAGUAUUGUACGAAAUAUGCCACGUGAUACUACUAGUACACCAAUGGAAACGAACACUAAUGUUACUAAUUCAAAUCAAUAUACUCCUAAAAAAAUUGAUGAUAAUAUUAUUGUUCAUGAAAAAGAACAAUUGAAUAAAGUUCCACAAUAUACUCCAACGGAAGUAUAAUAUUUUGAAUACAUUUAUUACUAGGAUGGGGGAGGGGAAAGUGAAAGUGUAGGGGGGGGCGUGUGUGUGUGUGUGUGUGGAUGGAUGGAUGGAUGCAUGCAUAUAAAUAAUCCAAUAUAUGUGUGGUCACUUCUUUAUUUGAUGGCAUAUCUUACGUGAUUGUUUAAUCAUUGUUAAUAAAUUAUAGUAAAUGAUUAUGUUGGUUAUUCCAUUUGUAAUCUUUAUGUACUCUAUGUCUAUGUUAUAUAAUGUGAAUAACAAACGUUUUUUUUUGUUCAUAUGUUCAUUUUUGACUAUUCUUCUUGUUUGCUAGACAUUAAACAUUGUAAUUACUAUAUACUAUGUGUUCCCUCAUUUCUCUUCUUUUUUUUUGUAUACGAACUUUGUUUGGUUUGGUUUUUCUAAAAAAAUUUUUGUAGCAUUCGUUUUGAUGUAUGUUUUCUUCUACAUUUUUAGAUACACAACUGGUUAAUGGUUUAAAAAGAGAUGUAACUGCCUAUAUGUUUGCGAUGAUUAUGAAGGUUUACUUUAAGUUGUUGUUAAGUUCAUGAUUUAAAUCUAGGGGUAUACUGAAUGUCAGUUACGUUUUAGUGUAGAAUUCCUUGAUCUUUUAGGAAUAUUGAAUCUACAAUCUUCAGUUCUUAUAUUGUUACCGAGUAGUAGCAUAACAGAUAUCAAGGUUUUUUUUUCAAUGCUCUUUGAUGUUUAGUAGUAUGUGUGAUUGAAAUAGAUUUGUGAUUUAAACUAUCAAUUUAAUAGUGUCCAUAAUAGUCAUCAUUUCUGGCGACAAUUCAUCAUUUAGAACAAAUGAUUCGUUUAAUAGCUUACGGAGCUCUACAACUUUUUCUAGAUAGGUUAAAUGGACAUUAAGGUUUAGUGAAGUAACCGAAUUGAUAGUAUUUUUGGUUGAUAGAAAGCAUCCAACUAUAUAAAUAUAGAACAGCUAGCCAACUGACUGAACAGUUUAUUACAUAAUAAUGGAUCUUGCUGUCACAGGUAAUUUAAAAAUUAUGAAAACAAUGGUUAUAAAACAUUCAUCAUAUCAAAAUAUCAGAAGGGGUUUUGUGGAGAUUUUAGUAAAACCUGGAAGCAAUAGAAAACAGUUUCGUCCUAGUACAUGCCUCCUCAGCAAUACGCAUCCGCGAUCCCGCCCCCCGCGAGAUUCGAACCCAGGGCCUGUCAGUCUUGCGCGCGAGGGCUUAGACCACUGAGCUGGCAUCUAACGGUUUUAAUGUCUAAAUUCACUAGGACGAAACGUCCGUCCAAUGCUUCCAAGUUUCCCAUAGUGGUCUAGCUUCGAUUGACUCAUGAUUUCAACUAUUGAUAUCAAAAUGCUUUACAAGACGUAGUGAAAUCGAUAACCAAAUUAUCUGUAGGUAGUUGUUAAAACCGAAAAUACAAUGAUUAUUUUUUCACAAAACAUGGCCAUUCUGUAUUAUUUUUAUAACAGUAUGCUUUAAGCAACCACAUAAUUGGUAUACGUUAUGAUCUCUACACCUAUGAUAAUGAAUCUUGCACAUUUACUACUGCAUUCCCGUUCGGUAUACCAUUUUACUUAUAUAUUUGAACACAUUGGUACAAGGGGGCACCAGAUAUAUAUGCGCCACACAAAUCUCAUUUGACUUGUGUGAGGGCUGUGAUACUGCCCAGGUGCUCAAACCGAAGCAGGUGGUUUUCAUGGGGAACACAACCGGAGCCUUCGACCUGAAGGUCUGAUCCAUAAGGCAAUGAAGCAACAUCAGGAGAUGCAGUGCCAUGGUUCAUAUGCCAUUUGUUCCCUCAGGAUCCUGUAGCCGAUGUGCACCAUUGGUUUGGAAUGAGGGUUUUUCAACAGCCCUAGUUGGACUCACCGUAUCCACCAACCAAGUUAAAGCACAGAACAUUCUCUUUUUAUCCUCUGAAUUUCGUAAAGAAUACCCGUGUUGUGAGAAUGCAGUGAGUAGGACUUCCCUUGUGGAGGCUAUAUACGCGUGGCGAUGUGAGAGCAUUUCGAGAAGUAGAGCGAACUCCCCCCACUCUCCGCCUUACCAGGGCAUUCGGGGGUAAUUCAGUAUACCAGGUAAAUUAACCUCUUGCCUUAACCACUAAGCGCAUUAAAAUAAAAAGGGCAGAUCAGUAGGUAGAAGUGUUUUCAUAUUAUUUAUUAUUCAUGACGUUUAAUGUAAGACAACAAUAUGAAUAAGUUGGUAAUCCCACUAAGUAUACAGUUGAGACGUUUUCGAUAAGAAAUGAUUUAAUAUAUUAAUAAAUAGUUCACAUUAGUAGCUAACUAGUGCUGGCUUGAUUUUAUAAAUCAAGUUUCAAUGUGGAUACAAGUUUAGGUAUUUCAACAUCUCGUGUACUAUACUUUGAUUUGAUGUAGUUGCUGAUUAUCGUUAAAAAAAGUCCCCAUGACCCCGGUUUCUUACUAGUUGACAGUCAUUAGUAAUGGUUAUUUGCAAAGUAAAUAUCUUAGUCCUACAGAAGGUCAAUCGCCACCCGAAUGACUCGACAGAAACACUUUAGAAUGCGGUUUCAAAUGUCGCGGAUCUGAAUCCUAUUAGGAGUAUCAAUUUUCUUAAGUUACAGCUAUGUCUUGCAGAAGAGACAUAAUAAAUAAUCUUAUCACUCCUAUCAAUCUCUACAUACAACCUUUGUAUUUGUAUAGGUGUGGAUAUCGUGAAUCAUUUUCAGUCCUGAUAAUGGAAGAAGACAACAUUGGGAAUGUUUUUUAGAUAAAGUGUAAGACAACGUCGAUAAAACUUCCUCGGUCUUUGUCCAGUAUGUGCCGAUGAAAGGUAAUAAAGAUCUUCACGGAAAGCGAUACAAUCAUACCAAAUUUAUUAUCUAGUCUAUUUAGGACUGCAAUUAGAUGCAUGUAUAAAACAGCAAGUAGUAGUAACAACAAAUUUCUGAAGCUCACUUAAAUGUUAAAGAAUGUCAAUCAUCUGAGCUAAUGGUAUUAUUCUCCCCAUAAACCUGUCAUUUGUCAGACAGAAAAAUAACUGAAAAACUUACGCCUGUUACCCCUUGUAGAGGAGCAUAGGUCGCUCAUUAGCAUUCUCCACCGAACUUUGUCCCAGGCAAUCCUUUCCAGUUGUUAUUUGUCCUGAUGUCUGCUUCCAUGCAGUGUGUUCUUUGAUCUUCCUCUUUCCCGUUUCCCUUCAAGAAUCCAAGUUAGAGAUUACCUCGUGAUACAGCAAUUUAUGUCCUAACCACUUCCAACUUCUUUCCUUAAUUCCCUCCUUAUCUGGAAGUUGGUUUGUUCCCCCCCACAGUAGGCUGUUGUUCAUGGUAUCCGGUCAACGGAUAUUGAGAAUCGUGCAUAGACUAUUGUUGAUAAAUACUUGUACUCUUUUGAUGAGGGUUGUUGUAGUUCUCCAAGUUCCAGCUCCGUAGAAUAGAGCUGUCUUGACGUUCGUAUUGAAGAUUGUGACUGAAAUUGAUUGAAAAUUGUUUUGAGUAUGUUAUUCAGUUGUAGGAAUGUUGUCCUUGCUUUGCCAAUCCUCGCCUACAUCAGGAUCACGUUCAUCGAUGAUGUCAUUCAGGUAAAUAUUUGAAAGCUUCCACCUCUCCCAGAGUUUCUCCAUCAAAUGUUAUUGAGUUGGUGUUCUCCGUGUUGUAUUUGAGGACCUUACUUCUUUCCUCAUAUAUAUUGA